AUGGACUCCUCAAAGUCCCCCGCUCCCCUGGUCGACAAGACAGACAUGGCCGGUGAUACCAGCACAGGAUGGUCUAUGCAACACUCAGCCGACAUGAUGCCUAACAACGGCCAGCAGUUUGGCGCCAUACCCAUGGACUUCGAGUUCGGCGUGACUACCCAACACUUUGGAUCCUUGCCUGAACACUCCAUGCUCGAAGGUGGAUUGGCUGGCUAUGACUACAGCAACAUGGCCAACAUGAACGGUGGUGAUAUGGUUCACAAUAAUCACUUCAAUGGUGAUUUCGAGGAGACCACGAACGCAAAGACACCCGGCUACCACGGCUUCGAUACCGACACUGCUGAUUACCACUCGUCUGCCAUUCACAGCUCUUCUCCUGCCCAGAACGACCACACCCACCAAUUUUACGGCAUGCAGACUCCCUUCGACCCUUCUGUCAACACCUACGAUGCCAAGACUCCUUACGUCGCUCCCAACCCUUAUACCUCGUCACCUCACCACUCAUCUACUGGCUAUGCUGGAGGAAUUCCUGACCUCGACUUGAAUGAAAAUGUCGCUCAGCCAUCUGAGGACUUCUUCCCCGGUCCCAGCCCCAUGGAAGCAGCCUUCCCCCUUUCGAGACCUUCCACACCCAUNCCCAGAGCCAGGCCCUGCCANAGAAGACGCCUACUCCCCGCAAGGCUAAGACUAAGGCAAAGGCAGCUAUUGCUGGCGACGCAGAAGACACUGACGAAGACCGCUCGCUACUCUCCACUCGUGGAAAGGGCAAGGGCAAAGGCAAGGCGAAGGCAGCUGUGGUUGGUGACGAAGAAGAGGAAGUUGACGAUGACGGAGAGGCCCCUGCUACAGGCUCAUCGACCAAGGCCAAGGGCCGCAAGAGAGCAGUUACCCCUCCCACUCCUAAACCCAGCACACCCUCUAGGAAGUCAAAGGCAGGCNACUGCUACCAGAAAGUCGACCAAGAAGGCUACAGCCAAUGUCCUGAACACUAUGGGUCAUCAGCGCGUUCGCAAGGCACCCAAGAAUGGCAUUGCCCAAUUCAAGCCCAUCCCUAGUUCCUUUGAGGAAUGCGACAUCGCCGACCAGACCCUGAUCACCAUGCGCGAUGCCCGCUACGCUGAACUCGAGGGAAUUAAACACGGUAGCAGCACUAUCCCCAACCGCUACGAACGCCUCAAGACUGCCUUCGUCAACAUGGUUCCUGAAGACAACCUUCGCCUCUUCAACAUCAAGGCCAAACUCGAAGACAACUUCAACAAGAGAAAGUGGGCCUUGAUCGCCAACGAAAUCACCAAGGAUGGUGGUGCCAAGUACGACCCUGAUGACUUGAGACGUCGUUUCAAGCAGCUCAUGGAGAAGAGCGGUUUCGCUGUUGAAGAAGGCCUGGCCAAGAAAGACGUCGACUUCAACAUCAACGCUGACGACAAUGACGAAGAAGAUGAGGGCGAGUCUUCAGAGCUCACCCGCAAGCAGCCACAGAUUACCUGGACCGGCGACGAAGAUGAAGAGGAUGACGCUCUGGGAGGAGGCGAGCAGGAGGACUCCGAGGAUAUUUCAUACCUCCAGCACAAUCGCCGCGAUUCACGCGAGCCCGCUCGCAUAGACGUUGACGACGAUGAGGAUGAGGGUGGAGAUUUGCUCGCCUACUAA